UUGCUGAAAUGUAGUCUGACGUAGGCUCCUCAAGCUAACGGACCGAUACGGUGUGACAUCUGUAGUGCUUUUGUGUGCGUUUUCCCCGUCCCACCCGGCGCUGCAGUCAGUCAGUCACGAAGCGCAGCGGCAGCAGCAUGUGUAUCGACGGAUUGUCGAUAAAGUGCGUUAAAACUCUCCGCGACGCGUGUAUCGACAAAAUAACAGCCCGUUUUGUGCAGAGACUCGUCGAAGACGCUAACUAGCGACACAGAUGUCUUUAUGGGAGGGAGUGCAUUCGCUGUCGUUGGGGGUAAUGGGAUCUGUGUGGUUAUAUGCAGCCGUCGGUAGAGCAGGAGAGCCAGACUGCAACUGAAAGCUCCGGGAUCUCGCUCCAUCUUUAUCUUAUCAUAUAACCACCGGCCAUUCGAGCGUUUGCGUCGUUGUGUUUGGGCUUUCAGGCGGGGGAUCAAACACAACGGGCUGCAGAUGGGCUUUAAUAUCGGUCUAAUGAAGUAAUUUGAAGCCCAUACUUCAGUCCCAGGGUGCAGUCUUGAGCGUGUGAUGAUAGGAGACACAAUGACGCUUUUGUCUCUUUUGGGUCGCAUCAUGCGUUAUUUCUUGCUCAGGCCAGAGACCUUGUUUCUGUUAUGUAUAAGCUUGGCCCUUUGGAGUUACUUCUUCCACACGGACGAGGUGAAAACCAUCGUCAAGUCCAGCCGGGAUGCCGUGAAGAUGGUGAAGGGAAAAGUGGCGGAGAUGAUGAUGAACGACAGACUCGGCGAUCUGAACGUGCUGGACGCGGAGUUCUCCAAGACCUGGGAGUUCAAGAACAGCAAUGUCGCGGUGUACUCGAUCCAGGGCCGGAGAGACCACAUGGAGGACCGCUUCGAGGUGCUUACCGACCUGGUGAACAGGAGCCACCCUUCAAUCUUUGCCAUUUUUGACGGCCACGGCGGGGAGGCAGCCGCUGAUUAUGUGAAGGCCCACCUACCUGAGGCUCUGAAACAACAGCUGCAGGCCUAUGUGCGGGAAAAGAAAGACGGCCCUCUGUCCUUUCCCGCCAUCCUAGAGCAGCGCAUUCUGGCUGUGGACCGGGACAUGGUGGAGAAGUUCUCUGCCAGCCAUGAUGAAGCAGGCACAACGUGUUUGAUAGCCUUGUUGUCAGACCGCGAACUGACUGUAGCAAAUGUCGGAGACUCUCGCGGCGUUCUCUGCGACAAGGACGGCAAUGCUGUGGCCUUGUCACAUGAUCACAAGCCUUACCAGCUGAAAGAGCGCAAGAGGAUCAAGAGAGCAGGUGGCUUCAUCAGUUUCAAUGGUUCUUGGCGUGUGCAGGGCAUCCUCGCCAUGUCGCGCUCACUCGGUGACUACCCUCUCAAGAACUUGAAUGUGGUCAUCCCAGACCCAGAUAUCUUGACCUUUGACCUGGACAAGCUCCAGCCGGAGUUCAUGAUCCUAGCCUCGGACGGCCUGUGGGACGCGUUCAGCAACGAGGAGGCUGUGCGCUUUGUGCGGGAACGCUUGGAUGAGCCGCACUUUGGCGCCAAGAGCAUUGUGCUGCAGUCUUUCUACCGCGGCUGUCCUGACAACAUCACCGUCAUGGUGGUGAAGUUCAAGAGCAGCUCUGGGAGCAAAACUGGAGAGUAGUUGGACUCGACUGAUAACAGCCUCAACCGAUCAAUAAACAGCCUCCAUUGUCUUUCCAUUAAUGCAUAUUGUCUGAGACUAGAUGGUGUAAUAUGAGACAAAAAAAAAGUUCUCCCAAGUACAAUAAACUGUACAGACACACAAAAGCAUGUGCAAACACAUGCAUUCCCAGAUUUAUUUUACUUUUAUUUAAUUUUUUUUUUUUUUUUUUGGUGUGUGCCAUGGACAACUUCAUGUAAAAAAAUUAUUGCAUAAUUACUCCUUUUUCAAUUCCUUCAAUUGCAAAGAUGUAUCCUGAAUUUGGAUGUGCAUGAUUCAUUCAUAUCAUUUCAAGGCAUUAAUGCCAAUUUACACUGGUGCUGCUCAUUAGUUAGUUUAAAUGAGGGUGGAAUAGGGUUGUGCUAGAUUAAGAAUGUUACACUUGGAUUAAACUCCGUGAUAGGUAAUUUCCUAUUCUUUCUAGUCAUUCCUGCUCAUUUAAACCAAGGUUUUAAUGGUUAUAUCAAAGCAAAAGUGGCCAGACUGAAGGUAGAAUGUUUCUGUAUGUAAUUAUUUUGUAAUUAUUUUGUUGAAUUAAUACUGGCAAACAGUCCUCCAACUUCCCUCCUAGUUUACAGAAAACCAUUGGAACCAGCCCCAAUCUACACAAAGGUUCUUGCAAAAAAAAAAUUCUUGCAAUGUGUGAAAUGUAUGUAGGAGAUUAAAUUGAUAAAUAAACCUAACAAGUCAAAACUGA